AUGCGCGGCCGCAAGGCUGCCUGGGAAUCAUUGGUGGAAUUUAGCGGGUAUAAGAAACCGGUCAGUUAUGCACAGUCUGAAGACUCUGACAGUGAUGGUGAUUUUGUUUCGGCAAUUGGACCUUUAAAGAAGAAAUCCCGAACAGACCCAAAGGAGUUAAAACAAGAAAAACCAAAACCUAAAUUGAAGAAUCUGGCGAAAGAAGAUGUCUCACAAGAGAAAACCCCUCAAAAAAGGAUGGCUUUAGAUGACAAGCUGUACCAGAGAGACUUAAAAGUUGCACUAGCUUUAUCAGCAAAGGAAACUCCUACAGACACCACAGAUGUGCCGGGGUCACGAGAUGAAAACAUUGGAAAAUGUGACAAGAAUGAAACAGAGACAGUGACUAAGACUCUUCACAUAUCUAACUGUAGUGUAGCCAGUGAUUAUCAAGAUUUGGAUAAGAUUACCGAGGAAGAGAAUUCUCAUGACGUUCAGGGGAAAAGAAAGGCAGCAUCCAAAGCUGUGGUACGACAAAGGAAGAUGCUUUUAGAAGACAGUGAUGGUGAUAGCGUCAGAAGCUCUGAGCCAGACUUUGAAACAAUGACUUCUGCUCCUGCUGUCAAAUCAGAAUCUUGGCCCUCAUCAAAAACGGGUUCUCCUCCUUCAAACGCUCUUAGGAAACCAUUACAGAUCUGCAGUCCUUCAGUUGAAAGCAAAAGGCCGAAGUGGGUGCCACCAGCACCAGCUGGAAGUAGCAGCAGCAGCAGCAGCAGCAGCAGCAGCCGCCGGAGCCCACUGCCAGGAACGUCCGUCAAACCCCCAAGUCACAGUCUGCGCCUUGGCCUGUCCAGAUUAGCACGUGUUAAACCUUUGCAUCCAACAGCCACUACAAGCUGA